CCUGUAUGUCCCAAUGUUUUCGUCGUCACAUCCCUCGGUCCAUGAGGAAUGUCGGGUCUGUAUGAUUUAAAAAUAGCCCCAUCUCAUCUUCUCCCUGACACGCUGCUCCAGCGAGGCUCAUAGUGGUGCGAGCAGCAGGAAUGUGAAGAUGGCUACAGAUCUGGGAGAGCUACUGGUCCCGUACAUGCCCACCAUUAGAGUACCGAGGACAGGAGACAGGGUUUUCAAGAGCGAAUGCGCUUUUUCCUACGACUCUCCUGAAUCAGAAGGAGGUCUGUAUGUGUGUAUGAACUCGUUCUUGGGUUUCGGAAGAGAACAUGUGGAGAGACAUUACCGUAAAACUGGACAGAGUGUGUACAUGCACUUAAAACGACACGUGAAAGAGAAAGCCACAGGUGCUGCAGGGGGUGCCAUACCAAGAAGAAGGAACGGAAAAGUAUUUUUAGAUUUAGAGCUUAACCGUGAUUUUAACGGAGAUGAUUAUGAGUAUGAAGAUGAAGCCAAGCUUGUCAUAUUUCCAGACCACUUUGAGAUCCCUUUACCAAAUAUUGAGGAGUUGCCCGCACUGGUGACAAUAGCCUGUGACGCCGUUCUCAAUGCUCCAUCUCCAUACAAAAAGCAGGAGUCUGAUUCAUGGGAAGAGGAGAUCCAAAUAUCUAGACAUGCCAGAAGUCUCAGACAGCAGGAAAAUGGGGUUCGAAUUCCUCCCAGUGGCUGGAAGUGCGCCAAGUGUGAAAUGAGAGAGAACCUGUGGCUAAACCUGACGGAUGGCUCUGUCCUCUGUGGGAAGUGGUUCUUUGAUGGGAGUGGAGGGAACGGACAUGCCCUUGAGCACUACAAAGAAACCAACUUCCCCCUAGCAGUUAAACUCGACACAAUCACCCCAGAUGGAGCAGAUGUUUACUCUUUUGAUGAAGAAGAAGCAGUGCUUGAUCCUCAUAUAUCAGAACAUUUGUUACACUUUGGAAUAGAUAUGCUGCAAAUGCAAAGGACAGAGAAUGGCCAUCAUACAGACAACCACGCGCAGCCUCGUGUAAGCGACUGGGAAGUGAUUCAGGAGGCCGGUCUAAAGCUAAAGCCUGUCUAUGGCUCAGGAUAUACGGGCAUCAAAAACCUGGGCAACAGCUGCUACCUGAGCACCACUAUGCAAGUUCUUUUCAGUAUUCCAGAGUUCCAGAGAGCGUAUGUUGGGAACCUACAGAGAAUAUUUGACUACUCACCCCUUGAUCCAACUCAGGAUUUCAACACACAAAUGGCAAAACUCGGUCAUGGACUUCUCUCAGGCCAGUACUCAAAACCUCCAAUGAAAUCAGAACUUAUUGAACAGGUGAUGAAAGAAGACUACAAGCAGCAGCAAAGAGGGAUUUCACCUAAGAUGUUCAAAGCACUGGUCAGCAAAGGACACCCAGAGUUCUCUUCAAACCGACAACAAGAUGCUCACGAAUUCCUUCUGCACUUUAUUAACCUGGUGGAGAGGAACAGUUCAGGCUCAGAGAACCCCAGCGAUGUGUUCCGCUUCUUGGUUGAGGAGCGAGUGCAGUGCUGUCAGACACAGAAGGUGCGAUACACACAGCGAGUGGACUACCUUAUGCAGCUUCCUGUACCCUUAGAGGCUGCCAGCAACAGAGAGGAGCUAAUAACAUAUGAGAGUAAGCGGAAGGAAGCCGAGGAGAACAUGCGGCCCCCUCCAGAGCCCGUGAGAGCCCGAAUCCCCUUCACUGCCUGUCUGCAAGCCUUCACAGAGCCUGAGAAUGUUCCAGACUUCUGGAGCUCUGCACUGCAAGCCAAGUCAGCUGGAGUGAAGACUUCUCGUUUCGCAUCCUUCCCCGAGUACAUGGUCGUCCAAAUGAAGAAGUUCACAUUUGGGGUUGAUUGGGUGCCCAAAAAGUUAGAUGUUUCUGUAGACGUACCUGAUUUCCUGGACUUGAAUCGCCUUCGGGCCACAGGGCUACAGGCUGGAGAAGAGGAACUGCCAGACCUUACACCUCCCAUUGUCAUUCCUGAAGACACCAGAGACAGUACAACAAACAACUCUUUGGAAUCUCCAGAAAUAGAUGAAUCAUCCGUGAUGCAGCUGGCAGAGAUGGGUUUCCCUCUGGAAGCCUGUCGGAAGGCAGUGUACUACACUGGGAAUAUGGGGGCAGAGAUGGCCUUUAACUGGAUAAUAGCACACAUGGAAGAGCCAGAUUUUGCUGAGCCUCUGGCGAUUCCCACUUACAUGGAACCAGACCUGCCCAGCCCCAGCCUCCCAACUACCAGUGCGCUGGACAACCAACCUCCUGAAGAGAGCAUCUCCAUCCUCACAUCCAUGGGCUUCCCCAGACAUCACACAAUCCAAGCUCUCAAAGCCACAAACAACAACUUGGAGCGCGCGCUUGACUGGAUAUUCACACACCCAGACUGUGAGGAUGAGAGCGAGGCUAUGUCAGACACGGCAGACACGGAGCCGAACGAUAACAGCUUCUCGAACGCCAAUGCCCACAGUGACUCCUCGCUGUCUCCAGAUCAGGACCUGUCCAGCCCACGUGUCAGAGACGGACCUGGGCGUUACGAACUGUUUGCCUUCAUCAGUCACAUGGGAGCAUCCACAAUGUCUGGUCAUUAUGUGUGUCAUAUCAAAAAGGAGGGCAGAUGGCUGAUUUACAAUGACCACAAAGUAUGUUUGUCAGAGAGGCCCCCUAAAGACUUGGGCUACAUGUACUUUUACCGGCGCCUGUCAAGCUGCUAGAUCUGGACCUUCACAACAUUAUGCACAGCCGUUAGGCCAGAGAGGUGUGUGGGGCACCACUGAUACUGCUGGAAACUAGGGAAGCAUUUACAUCUAUGAGAUGGAGAGAGGAUCUCUCAAUCCCUGCCAAGAACCGCACAGACGCUCAUACCACAAGAACGCUCCAGCAAGGAAACCAAUGUGUGUCAUCCAUCUGAGUUCUGUUUAUUUGUUCGUCUCGUGUCUGCUUUAAAGGUACAGUGGGGUGCGUGCAAUUUUAGGUAUGCAGAUUAUUUUCCUAAUAUAUUCUCAAAUUAUUUGUUAUAUUUCUCUUUGAAUACUUUAAGCUCCUGUGCCAGUAUUUUCAAAAUAUAAUGUGUGCCUGCAAUUACAAAUGUUUUACUGCCGAAUGUACUCACUGUAGAUCAUUUCAUAUCCUUUGGGUUUUACAGUUGUUCAACAACAAAACAUCUGUCAGAACGGAUUUCAAAUAGAGAUCAUGUUAAGUGGAUUUAACGGGAGCUGCAAUCGAUCCAAAACAUAAUGUGAUUAUUUCACAAAAACGUGUUUUUUGAAUCAUGCCCAUGCAGGAAAGUGUCAGCAGGCAUGUUUAUUGAAAUACUGGACUGUGGAUGUUGUUUGGUAGGUCGUUGUUUACUGUUAGAUAUAUAUUCUAGCAUUCAGAUUGAUCCAUAUACUGUAUGUGGCACCAUCAACUAAUUCUUAAAGGAAUAGGUCACCCAAAAAUAAACAUUUUCUGGACAUUGACUCACUCUCAGGCCGUCCAAGAUGUAGACGAGUUUGUUUCUUCAUUAGAACAGAUUUGAAGAAAUUUAUCACAUCUCUUGCUCACCAAAGGAUCCUCUGCAGUAAAUGGGUGCCGUCAGAAUGAGAGUUCACCAAACAGCUGAUAAAAACAUCACAAUAAUUCACAAAUAAUCCACACAACUCUAGUCCAUCAAAUUACAUCUUGUGAAAUGAAAUAGAAACUCAUUCUGACGGCACCCAUUCACUGCAGGGGAUGCUAAGUAUUUCCAAAUCUGUCUUGAUGAAAAAAACAAACUCAUCUACAUCUUAGAUGGCCUGAGGGUGAGUCAAUUUUAAUUUUUAGGUGAACUGUUCCUUUAAUGGAGGUUUAUUCAGCCCAGCAGCAAAAGUUUGUUCAGUUUCCAUACCUUUAGGCAAAAGUAUUGAGCCCGUUUUCGCAACUGAAUAAAACAUUUAAAAAGGUGAUUGCUACUUUAAAUCUCACAAUUCUGACUUUUUAUCUCAGAAUUGCGUGAUAUAAGCAAUUCCGACCUUUUUCUCAGAAUUGUGAGAUAUAAACUCGCAAUUCUGACUUUAUUUCUUAGAACUGCAACUUUAUAUCUCACAAUCUGACUUUAACACACAAUUGCGAGUUUAUAUUUCACAGUUCUGAGAAAAAAAGUCAGAUAUAUAAAUAUAUCUUGCAAUUCUGGCUAUUUCUCACAAUUGUGUAUAUAAAAUAAUUCUGAGAAAAAAGUCAGACUCUUUCAGUCACUUUAUGACUCACAAUUGCGAGAUAUAGUCACAAUUCUGACUUUUUUUCUCAGAAUUACUUGAUAUAAACACAAUUGUGAGAAAUAGCCAUAAUUGCAAGAUCAAAACUCGCAAUUGACUGAUAUGUUCUCAGAAUUGACUUUUGCUACUUUUGAUACACACUUGCAAUUCUGACUUUUACUCAGAAUUGUGAGAUAUAAACUCGCAAUUGCAUGUUAUAAAGUCAGAUUGUGAGAUAUAAAGUCGCAACUGUGAGUUAUAAAGUCAGAAUUACGAGAUAUAUUCACAGAUCUGACUUUCCCAGAACUGCUUGAUAUGAACUCACAAUUGCCAGAAAUAAAGUCAGAAUUGCAGGAUUAACUGAUAUGUUCUUAGAAUUGUGAGUUUGUAUUCUGACUUGAUAACUUGUAAUUGCGCUAUAAAUUAAUAGUUGUGAUAUAUAAACUCAAUUCUGAGAGAAAAAGUCAGAUUGGCGAGUUUAUAUUUUGCAAUUCUAACUUAAUUUCUCAGAAUUGAGUUUAUAUCUCACAAUUAUGACUUUAUAACACGUAAUUGCGACUUUAUAUCUCACAAUUCUGAGAAAAAAGUCAGAACUGCAUCUUUAUAUCUCAGAAUUGAGUUUAUAUCUCACAAUUGUGACUAUAACACUCACAAUUCUGACUUUUUUCUCAGAAUUGUGAGAUAUAAACUCGCAAUUGCAUGUUAUAAAGUCAGAUUGUGAAAUAUAAAGUCACAACUGUGAGUUAUAAAGUCAGAAUCAUGAGAUAUAUUCACAGUUCUGACUUUCUUAGAACCGCUUGAUAUGAACUCACAAUUGCCAGAAAUAAAGUCAGAAUGCCAGGAAAAACUUGCGAUUAACUGAUAUGUUCUUAGAAUUGUGAGUUUGUAUCUAACAAUUCGGACUUGAUAAUUCGUGAUUGCGCUAUAAAUUCACAGUUGCGAUAUAUAAACUCAAUUCUGAGAGAAAAAGUCAGAAUUGCAAAAUAUAAACUCGCAAUUCUGACUUUUUCUCUCAGAAUUGAGUUUAUAUAUCACAGUUGUGACUUUAUAACAUGGAAUUGCGAGUUUAUAUCUCAAUUCUGAGAAAAAAGUCAGAAUUACGACUUUAUAUCUCAGAAUUGAGUUUAUAUCUCAAUUGUGACUAUAACAUGCUCACGUGAGAUAUAAACUCACAAUUCUGACUUUUUUCUCAGAAUUGUGAGAUAUAAACUCGCAAUUGCGUGUUAAAAAGUCACAAUUGCGAGAUAUAAACGCUCAAUUUUGAGAUAUAAACUCUAUUCUUAUUUCUCAGAAUUGCGACUUUAUUUCUCAGAAUUGCGACUUUAUAACACAAUUUUGAAAUUAUAUCUCACAAUUCUGAAAAAAAAAGUCAGAAUUGCGAGAUGUAAAUUCGGAAAUAAAGUCAGAAUUGUGAGAUAAAAAUUCACGAUUACUUUUUAAAAUAUUUUAUUCAUGGCGGAAAUAGUGAACUUGUACUUUUUAUGUUUUUUCAUAUUCAAGAACAUCAAGCCUCAUUUAUUGGCAUGGCUUAAAGAAUACUUCAUUUGUACAAUAUUAUCACAUUUAUGAUAGCUUUCAGUCAGUCUGUGAUAGCUGACUAAAAAAUGCAGCGAUAUCACAUAUUCAUGCAAUGUUCAAGUGCUUUACUUUGAUCCUGUCUUUUGCAGUUUAAAGACUGGAAAAGACCGUUUCAAUGAUUUCCAGUCUCAAAGAAUGUAAAAUGAUUUUUAUCCCUUACCUAAGCAAUAUGUGAUGACAUACCACAUAUAGAGGCGAAUUAUAUGCAGUGUCAUGCAUAGAACUAUCUCAGAUACAUGUAUGUACUGGUGCUCAGUGUUACCAAAUCUCAAGCUCUCAAGCUUUACGACAUAUCUGACAAACUUGGCUCUGCCUCCAUCACCCUUUACCAAUUUCAAACCUUAGACAUCUAAUUUAUUUGCUGAAAAAGCACAUCAUUAACAAACAAACCCCGAAUGUAAUGUGUUUCGUUACGCCAUGAGCCUCAGUCUGAAUGUUAGUGCUGAAUUCAGAUUUGAUAUUCAUUGUUUUACGACAUUAUAUCACUCAGGCUGAGGUGGGGCCUGUUCAUCUCGAUUUAGUUCAACUGGAUGUUGCACAUUCUGUUGUAGAUUGUACUGUCAUGUUUAUUUCUGUCAUGCACUACCUGUUAUGUUGGGAGUUCAGUGUCUUUCUUAUCCAUCUGAGGUUCUCUCACUCUUUCUCUCCUUCUCUUUCUUAUUUUGAAUGAAUGUUCAUACCUAUUUCCUCUUGCUUUUCUUUCUCUUUUUUUCUUUCCAACCUUUUUGUCUCUAUAUUGGGUGUGAAAGUGGCUGCUUUUACCCCACCUUUCUCAAACAUGCCUUGAUUUAUUUUUUUCAGUAUGUGCACUAAAAUUCAGAGGUUAGUCAGUUGACAUUUUGCAAUAUAUUAUUGAUCUUUAGCGGGUUCUGUUUUUCAUGGAACUCUGAAGGUCAAGUGGUACGUUUUUAUUGUUGAUCUCUUUUUUUUUGCAAAAAAGUGUGCCAAUUCUGUAGUUACCAUACAAUCUUGCCCACUUGUUUGUUAUAAGUUUUUUUUUAAUGGAUUUUCUGAUCCAUAUAUUGUUUAGAAACACAAACAUGGCAAAUGUGGGAAUCCUCAUUCGAAAUCUGUUCAAACAUACUUGUGACUCAUGUUUGGAUUGUUCAAUAAAAUCCACAAUUGUU